AUGGGUUUUCGCUUACCUGACAUUAGAAGGGAUUCCUUUUCAGCAAACCUUACAUCUUCAAAUGGUGGCAAUGUGCCAAAAGGCUAUCUUGCAGUGUAUGUUGGGGAGAAAAUGAAGAGGUUUGUCAUUCCCAUAGGGUACUUGAAUCAGCCUUCAUUUCAAGACUUGCUAACUCAAGCAGAGGAAGAAUUUGGUUAUGAUCAUCCAAUGGGUGGCCUCACAAUUCCUUGCAAUGAUGGGUGCUAG